CAUCUUGAAACAGGGUCGCUCGUGGGCCGGGGAGACUGACUCUCUUCCAUGUUCCUUUUUAAGCCCUUGUCCGGCGACCCUGACGUUCAUUGAGUGGAGAUUUUCUUUCUUUGUCUCCUUCUGAACUCCAGCUUGGGAGAUGUUCCUAGGUGUGGGCUCUAUUGUUUGAUUUCUUUUCCCCUCUCUCAAAUCUCCACUCCAUGCAUGGUGCUUUUCUAUGCCACAACAUAAUACUCUAUCUCCACUUCCUACUAAUUCUACUAUUACUACUGCUGCUGCUGCUGCUGCUGCUUCCCAGCAUUCUAGCCUCAGCGACUUGAACGAACAAGGAUUAGAGAGUGACUAUGUCUCGCUAUGGGGCUUACCUCGUGCGACCCAGAGCGGAAAGUUACAGCACAGAAGAGGAAAACGCCGAGGGGGCAUCCGGUUCUGCGGGCAAUGGGGUGAACGUGUCGAGUCAGGAUCAGAUCAUCAUCGGCGUGGUCAUCGGGGGGUUUGCCUUCAUAAUGAGUAUGGUGCUAAUACUUCCUGCGAUCACACCGUCGUCAUACUAACCAAGCGACAAAUAGUCACCGUCGCAGUGAUGUUUUUCUUCAUUAGAAAGAGGAAAUGGGACCGAAUUCGGCGACACGAACGCCAACUGCUAGCCCUCGAGACUGGGCCAUCCCACUACCGCUCCAAGAUGUCUGAACACUCGGACAAGUACGCGACUCCACGGCCCUCGUACAACACUGCACGGUCGGUCGAUCAACCGCCACCAUACGGCGGCUGGGCUCGCUAUGAUCCAUCCAGAUACCAGCAGGAACGGUUCAUGGGACACGGCCAGAACAGACUCUCGAGGAAGCUCUCUUUCUUCAGGCAAUCCCGCAUGGCGGAGUCUAGACCUCUUUCAUAUCGACCUUCAGACGACUCCCAGAUCAACGUUCGGCCUUUGGUAGUUGACACAUCAGUGGCUGGCAAUCCACGGCCCUCGAUUCAGUUGGAACCUCCUCCCCCAGCUGCUGUAAAGGGGGGCUCGAAACCUGCUCGGAAGGCAAAGCCUGUCCUGUCACCAUUAAUCACCGCGUUUUAAACAACCUCGAGGAAAACAUUCAACAAACGACGUAUGCACCUAUCUACUUACCUCCUCUUUUGAAAAAGGGGGUUUCAACGGUGGGAUUUCUCAAACCGUCCAAGGGAGGAAGGGGGAAGAGUAAAAGUCCAGCAGGAUUCGUUUUCUGCCCCUGAUCCCAUUCCAGGGAGCCCUUCCGUAUUGGGAAGGCACGUGGUCGUCCGGAGUUCUUUUCUGUCCGCUGCUGCUUGUGGGAGGAUUUUUCUUUGUUGCUACUACUAUUAUACUGCUCAGCGACGGCGCAUGGAGUCAGGAUUUAAAUCACAAAGAGUCAAUAAACAUACCUUUUCAAUACUAC